AUGGGGCACGGCCGCUGGCACCACCCCAGGGCUGCCCUUUGCCAGGGGCACACGGGGAGAGAGCUGCAAACAGGAAUUGUCCCUGUGCAAGAGCCGUCUGCUGCUGCUGCUGUGCCAGGGAGAUCUGCCCCUGGCACCCUGCUCUGUGCUGGUGCUGCUGCUGCUGUGCCAGGGAGAUCGGCCCCUGGCACCCUGCUCUGUGCUGGUGCUGCUCCUGCUCUGCCAGAGCAAUCUGCCUCUGGCAUCCUGUGUUGUGCCAGUGCUCUCUGCUGCUGCUGCUGUGCCAGGGAGAUCUGCCCCUGGCACCCUGCUCUGAGCUGGUGCUGCUGCUGCUGUGCCAGGGCGAUCUGCCCCUGGCACCCUGCUCUGAGCUGCUGCUGCCCUGUGCCGUGGGAAGCUGCCUGUGGCCUCCUGCUCCGUGCUGUGUUCCGCUCCCUGCAGGAGCUCCGUGUGCCGCCGCCUGCCCUGCGCUGCUCCUGCUCCAGCUGCAUCCCACCGGGAUUUCAUCCACGCUCAGCCAGCGCGGGCUGCACUCCCGGCUCGGGCUGCACUCCCAGCAGUGCUGCACUCCCAGCAGUGCUGCAUCCCCAGCAGUGCUGCAUUCCCUGCAGUGCUGCAUUCCCUGGAGUGCUGCAUUCCCGGCUCGGGCUGCAGCCCCAGCAGUGCUGCAUUCCCUGCAGUGCUGCACUCCCGGCUCGGGCUGCACUCCCAGCAGUGCUGCAUCCCCAGCAGUGCUGCACUCCCAGCAGUGCUGCAUUCCCAGCCGUGCUGCAUUCCUGGCUCGGGCUGCAGCCCCAGCAGUGCUGCACUCCCGGCUCGGGCUGCACUCCCAGCAGUGCUGCACUCCCGGCUCGGGCUGCAUUCCUGGCUCAGGCUGCAGCCCCAGCAGUGCUGCACCCCCAGCAGUGCUGCAUCCCCAGCAGUGCUGCACUCCCAGCAGUGCUGCAUUCCCGGCUCGGGCUGCAUCCCCAGCAGUGCUGCACCCCCAGCAGUGCUGCACUCCCAGCAGUGCUGCAUUCCCAGCCCUGCUCCAUCCCAGCAGUGCUGCAUUCCCAGCCCUGCUCCAUCCCCAGCCCGGCUCCAUCCCCAGCAGUGCCAAUGUUCCACCUGACAAAUCAAUAAAGCCCAUUCCCACUGGA